AUGGAGGUGGAACAGGAUGAUGAGCAGGUCGACCUCGGCAACUCGAAACCGCCAUCUUUCUCGCGUCGUAAGACCUCCGGCAACGUGCAGGCUGAGGGUUCAGGGACAGGACCUUCCGACCUCACCGGAGAUGUACAGCGCUCCGAUCGUGGGAGUCCUACUCCUGUUCCUGUGUCCCCUCCGUCGGCGGAACCACCGUCGCCUCCUGCCUUCAUUGCCUCUCCUAUCGAUGUCCCAGCGUGGUCGGCCGAUGCUCGAGUAGACGUGCCUUGGACUCCCCGGCGUCGUGAUACGGAACGACUUGCAGGGCUGUUGUCGGCGAACGCUAUUACAGCUUACGCACCGGGAUCGGCCGACAGCGCGAUACGUGUUUUCGGUUACGAAGAGUACGCUGCGUUGUCGGCUUCUGAAGUUCGUGACAUAUAUGCCGGUCACUCGAUACUGGUCCGUGACGGUCCAGUCGACGGCUACUGGGCUUGGGGUUUGGAGGCGUUCUCCGCCAUUCGGCCGGUGAUUGGCACAACCCUUCAGGUGCAAGAUGCGCGAGGCUCGUUUACGUCGACCAAUGCAUCCUCGCGUUUAACCAACAAGAUCACUUCAACGUUUGUUGGCACGGUGGACAAGACUAUUCCAGAGCUUGUCACGGCGGGCCUUCCUUCCGAAGAUCGGGAUGUGUACAACUGCCUGGAUAUGCCGCUUGGCUUGGAUCGGUUGCGCAAUAUUCCCCAUAUCGCGGGCCACGGAACUUUCAACGCACUGCCCUAUUUAUACAAGAUCGCGGCUCGUGAUGACGUUCUGGAUGUGGGCGCCUGUUCCUCCAAGUUGCAUUGGGCCCUUGCAGGUGUUACGGGGGCGGAGACCUCCCAACAUAUCGACAGCGGGGGAUACGGAACGGUUGUAGAGGUUCUUUCUGGCACCAAGCUAUGGGCUGUUGGCGUUCGCAACGACGGUUCUUCUUUCGCGAACGACACGCAUUGUGUCGUACGUGCAGACGAAUUCGAUGACUGGCAGUCGCUCGAGCGUCUCGACAUGCGUUGGGAGUCUAUCCUUCUCCGCACCGGUGAUAUCUUUAUCAUGCGGCCGGGCCCGCACAUGGUCUACACGGUGGAAAGCUCGCUGUGCUACGGAGAGUACUUUAUAUCGCCUGCAUCGCUUGUUGACCAUGCAACCUCCUUCGCUCUCACCACGGUCGGCGACAAGAUCGUCACGAACGAUCGUAUCCCGGAAGCGCUGCCACUCUACUUGGCCUUUGCGUCCUGGUGGUGGCAUGGGGACAUAGCCUGUCAUGGGGAUGUGUACGAUCCGAGCGCUCGGUCCUGUCGUCCGCCCCUGGAACACGAUCCCGCCUCGUAUAUUGCGUUGCUCGCCAUGAAUGUCUUCCAGACAACGCUGUCCGUCGCGACCUACGACGAGACGCAGUCGUCUGCUAAGUCCAAAGGGGUUGUCAUAGAGGCGACUACUGGCAUCAUUUAUCGCGAAGAAGCUGGUCGCGUUCACGAGUGGAUUUGCCGGCAAGGCGUCAUUGCAAGGAAGGGUAUGGAAGUCGAUCUCUCGCACUCUGAUGCAGAUCGGAUCAAGCUUCUUCGCGAUCUCGUGCUUGACUAUGGUCGGGGGAUUUACAAGCUCGCGGUCAACCACUCCGACACGUACCCAAACUUCGCCUUUGCUUCUCUACGCUCUCGCCUUCUGUCGGACGCUCGUGGCGCGUACAAGGUCAACGUGAAGGACUGGCUACACAACGUUGGAGAUGAGCGGGUGCCACUGAUUCCGGAUGUAGUGUUCCUGCCGUCCCCUCGCCCCGAUCUAAAGUUUGCGUUUUAG